CUGUCUGAGGUCUGCAUUCACACUCAUAUAAUUUUGUAUAUUUGUAUGUAAUGUUAUUAGAGUAAAAAAAAGAUAAGGACACGAGAUAAUAUAAAUAGUCGCCAUUUUAUAUCAUAACGCCGACGUAAAUUACAACAAACUCGUAAACUCGCAGUUAAAUAUUUAAAUUUAUAAAAAUAAUUGUAUAAAUAAUAUAAAUAAUUACUCAGAGGAUUUAUAUAAAUAAAUAUACUCAGGAAAAACAGAAAAAUGAGUCCAUUGAAUAGAGGACCGCUGAUGCCUCCACGAAUGCCACCAGUAGGCAUGAGACCGCCGCCACCGCGUUUCGGGCGACUUCCAAUGCCAGGAAUGCCUCCGAGAAUGCCGCCACCACCUCCACCAAUGGGCCCAGCUUUUGGACCGAUGCGCCCACGUAUGCCACCACCACCUCCUAGGCCUGGUUCAAUGAUGAGACCUGGACCUGGUGGCCCGCCACCGCUACCUCUCUUUGGUCCCAGGACACGUGGGCCUCCGCCUCUUAUGCAUCCGAUGAUGGGGCCCCGUGGUAUGGGACCACGUGGACCUCCAAUGAGACCGGGGCCCAGAGGGAUUUUACCUCCACAGGGUUUGCCACAUAUGAGACCGAGGUUUCCACCAGGAAAUGGGACCACCAAAGCCAAAACUAUUAAUAAUGCCAAGAAAGGCAUCAAAUUAGAGGAGUUGGAAUUAAAGAAGCCUUGGAUGACAGACGAAAUUCGCGGAGAAAUUCAGCGAAAAAAUAAAUUAUACGCGAAAGCUAAAAAAAAUAAAGACGCUAAAGAGUGGGAGGAAUUCAAAGAUCUGAGAAAUAAAGUAACGCGUAUGAUUAAAGACGCUAAGAAUGAGUAUUUUUCAAAAAAUCCUGAUCAGGCAGCCUUGUACCAAGACGAUCAAGAUUAUCACGAUGAUCGUGAUGAAAACAAUCAGAGUGAAGAUGAAGACGUUAUUUAUUACUGUGAAAUAUGUGACCGUGAAUUUAUGACCGAUAAAUUACUGAAUGAUCACAAUAGUACACAUAAAAUUUGUGGUAUAGAUGGAUGUACAUUCUCAGCGCAUCCUAAAUUAGUUGAAAAACAUAUUGCGAUGCAGCAUCGUACUGGUUAUUUUAGUAAAUUGAAAAAUUUAACGACACCUGAGGAUAUUGAAAAGUGGAUUAAUGAACGCAAACGAAAGUAUCCAACAAAGAGUAACGUGGACUCUAAAAAAGCUGAGCAAGCUGAAAAAGAAGCUCGUGGUGAAAUAAUGAAUAAAAAUUUCAAAUCUAAGAUAUCAAAUAAAUCUAGAGAAAAUGUCAACAUUAAAAGUAAGAGAAGAAAGAAGAGAUUGAGAAAGAAACCAGAGAAAAAAGCUGAAGAUGUUGAAAUUGAGGAAACUUGUCAGGGUGUCCGGCAAUUUAGAGGCACUAAAAUUUUUAAUGAAGAAGAAAAGUCAGUGUGUGAAAUUACGAAUGAAGAAUUUAAAUUAGAGAACCCGAUUACUGAUGAUGAGGAUGAGGUUCAAAUGACCAAUGAAUUUCCAGAGGUUCAAAGGACUAAUGCACUUCCGGAGCCAAUAAUUAAACCGAUUGGUAGUUUGGUUGCUAAUUACAGUAGUUCAGAUGACGAACCACCUGAGGAGAUUCCUAUUAAAAAAGUAAAAGUGGAAGAAAUUAAUAUCAGUAAAGAUACUUCCGCUUCUUCAGAAGCUUUGGAUACGGCUGCUCGUGAACAAUUACCGUUGGUUAAAAAUUCAGUUGAAUUUAAUAAGAGAGAUAAAAUAUCUCAUAAAGAUAAUUCUAAGCAAAAUAAUAAUAAUAAUAAUAAUAAUAUAAAUAAAAGAAAAAAUCUUUAUCAAAGACAUGCAUUAUUAGAACAAUUGUUAUCACAAUCAAUAACACAUGAGAGAAAUUAUAUAUGUCAAUGUAUAAAAUAUAUAGUCGAUAAUAAUUUUUUUACUCAAAACGCUCAAUAA